AUGAAACUAGAUGGUCUUCUGUUUGUCCAUUAUUUCUGCCAUAAAACAUUUGCUUACCACUUUGAGGAUGUCAAUGAAGAUGAUUGGAUUACUCAGUACUUCUUCGACGGAGGCACGAUGCCAUCUGCAAACUUACUCCUUUAUUUUCAGUCUUUGAUUCUUAUCCUUUUAAGGGCUGGUCAACAGAUGUCUUUUGAUUCUAGCGAGAAGCACCAGUGGUUUCUUUGGAUUGCUCUCUGUUUCAUGAACCGGCGGAGGCUUUGGUUGAGUGAGGUGUAUUGGAGUACUGUCGGUGGAGGUGUUCUUUGGUUGGUGUACUGUGGGGCGUUCUAUUGUCAUUCCUUGAUGGCAAGAACGGCCCUUCCUCCAGGCUUUCGAUUCCAUCCAACUGAUGUCGAGCUGGUUAUGUAUUAUCUCAAGAGGAAGGUUAUGGGAAAGAGGCUUCACUUUGAACCUAUUGCUGAGGUCAACAUUUAUAAAUUCUCUCCAUGGGAUCUUCCAGAUAAAUCAUGCUUGAAAAGUAAGGAUCUAGAGUGGUUCUUCUUCUGCCCUAGAGAGAGGAAGUAUGCUUGUGGGGAUCGAAUGAAGCGUGGUACUGAGAAUGGUUACUGGAAAACCACUGGAAAGGAUAGACCUGUCCAUUAUAAUGAGAAUGUUGUGGGAAUGGUGAGAACCUUGGUUUUCCAUCGAGGUCGUGCAUCCCAAGGACAGAGAACCAAUUGGGUUAUUCACGAGUAUAGGAUCCUAGAUGAGCAGUUGGCUGCUGCUGGACUUCAGGACAUCUACGUGCUUUGUAAAGUCUUCCAGAAAAAUGGUCUGGGCCCAAAAAAUGGUGCACAGUAUGGGGCACCCUUUAAUGAGGCAGAUUGGGAUGAUGAUCAUGAUGAUGAUGUACAAAACCAUGUCACUUCUUUGCCAUCUGAUGGUCCGUCUCUCACAGCAUCAACAUUGCCUGAAAAUCAAAACUGCUCCGUUAUAACAAGUAUGGUCAAUCCUGGAAGUAAGUCUGGACAAUCUAUUGAAAUUGGCCCAUCGCAUUUCUCCGGUCCUUCAGUUACAGAUGACAGCGUGUUACUCAAUGAGAAUGGAAAUCAUGGGAAGCAAGCUGAUCUUAAUCAGAAGGGGAAGAAUAAAUAUUUACCUUGUCUGGAUGGAAAUGAAAUAUACAAUGGUCUCUGGGACUUGGAUAAUUGGGAGAACUACUUACUUACGUCUGAACUAUUUACUGGCUUGCAGAAAGAUGGCUAUCCUCUGAACUACACUCUGCCACAAGAUGACAGCACUUAUUUGGAACUUAAUGAUCUUGACGUUCCACUGAAUCGCCCUGCUGAAGUUAAUGAAAUGGAGCAGAUGCAAUUUGAAAACUUCUUCAUACCGUUUGCCCAGGGUGAUACAGAACAGUUAAUUUUUGGAGGAAAUUUUUCUGGUAUGGAUGAAUAUGCUUCUUGCCUAGGCCAUCUUCCUGUGCCGCCUGAGAGAUCCAACCAACAAGGGAGUUGUUCAGAUGUGCUUCAGAUGGAAAUCAGCCAGUGUGACUGUGGUUACAAUGCUACUGCACAGACUUUGAAUUUUACUAGCGGAGACUCUGAGGAGUGGGCAAAUUUUGUUUGA